ACCCCAAUAUUUCAACUUUCUGUUUUGCUUUUACGCAGGAAGCAACAGGUCGUUCCAGAAACUAAAAAUAUACCGAACAGCCGCUAGUUUACAAUAUAUCGAGCUGCUUCAGAGAAUGAUGCUAUUGGCCUAUAGUUACAGAUCAGGAAGUGGCUGUACACAAAUUCUUUCACAUAAACUGGAGGGACAAUGUUCUCUUCUCUGUAGAGUGUUGGGUCAUCGCCAGGUAGCAGGCUGGCAGCUAGAGAUCCGCUAGAAUUUACCCUGCGCCGUAAACAUGAAGCGCUCAGAAACCUUGAGCACAGACCUAGCGAUCCUGUACACGGAGGAGGCAGAAGAGUGGAACGCAUAUUUGAAACAGAUUUUCUUAGAAGCAUUAAAUCCACAGAGUAUCUGCAGCUAUAAAGUCGGAUGUCUCAAUGAUCUGAGGAUUGCUACUCCUAACCUGGUUACCUACAGAUGUAAAUUGCUGGUACUGACCCCUGGUUUCCUAACUGCACUGACUACCUCAAAGAGAAUCCAGCUUGGCAAGAUCUUGCAACCUCCUGGUGAAGUGGUGGUGUUGCUCUGUGGAGUGCCAAAUUCAGAUGAACUCUACAAGCUGGUGCCUGCAGAGAGAGGGGUCUGGGAGCUUUCGAGUGAUCAGGAUGCUCAGGAAUAUCUGUCUGUUGUCAGCAGCAUCAUUAAUUCAGGGCCCACUCAACAGCAAGCAGACCUCGUAGGAGAACUGUCCUCAGAUGAGGCCAAUAUUCCUGAAGAUGAAAGAUCAGAUUCAUUCAUAGAGCCUAGUGCCAUUGAUUGUCAGCAGGACGUGAAUCUGAGUGAAGAUCCAAUCGGAGAGUCUGAUAUCUAUGAUACUGUUACAGUACCUAUGUUGGCGAUACCCAAUCGAAUACAGUGUAAAAAUCCCGGUGAGAUAUACAUGCUGCUGAAAGAUGGCCUAUCAUUCGGUGAAAAUCCAGAGAUUGAAUUUCUUACUGUCACCGAGAAAGUGAGGGUUCAACCAACUAUUUGGAAUAGCCAAACGCUUUGUGUAGAAGCUCUUGAUCUCCCUGCUGGCCCAGUGACAAUGAACCUUUAUGGUGGAGGAGUGAGAAUAGCCCAGGCUGAAGUUAUCUAUUACAGUCCACUGGAGGAAGUUGAGCGAUUGUUAAUUAGAACAGCCGAUCCAAUAGAAUUCAUCUGUCAGGCAUUCCAACUCCACUCCAAAGAUCAACUGGAUCAGCUCCUCACUCAAUCUCUCAGAAACUCGCUACCUCCCAGUGGAUUUGGUGCUUUCCAAAACCUUGGACCUAAUGACAGAACAGAGCACAACAAUCUGUAUUGUGACCAUGAGUUUCCAACACUGCUCCAUUUCGCAGCCAAGAAUGGACUAGAGAAACUUACCACUCUACUUCUGGAAUGUCCUGGGGCAUUUCAGGCCUCUACUGUCCUGAACACUUGCAGAGAAAACCCAAGAGAUCUUGCUGAGAAGAAUGGUUUUCAACACAUUCAGGAGCUCUUAGAUAGAUUCACAGUGUCAACCAAGAGACACCAGUGGGUGGAAACUUUCCCAGAUGAUUGUGGUGUUCGUCAACCUGUGGACGAAGAGGAGGAAAACAUCUAUGAAAUGAUGGCACAGUGCUAUGUAAAGAACUCUAAAGAGUGCUUAAAUAUGGAAGAGAAUGAGAAAGUGACAGAUGAGGAGGAUCCAUACACUUUGACAGUGGAUGCUGAAGACCCUUAUGAUUUAAUUUUACCAGAAGACAAAAAGGAAAGCACAGCCAACAUGGUAAAGAGACCACCAGCACCUAUUCCUCGGCCUACCACACUGCAAUGUAUGGACAGUACUCCCUUUAUAGCUCAAGUGUUUCAGCAAAAGACCGGAAAAGGAAUUGAGGACAAACUCUACUCUGUCCCCAAAAGAGCAGCCAGACCCAAGAUCGAUGAGAGCCCAAUGUACGACACGUUCAGGACAGAGUACAAUCCAGGACAGCAACAGCUAAUCCACCUGCAAGAACAGGUCAAGAAGGGAGCUCUCACAGUGGAUGAAGCACAGGAGAAGUUUAAACGAUGGCAGAUGGAACAGAAAGAUCAAGAUGCUGUACAACAGGAGAAAUUACGUAAACUCCGAGAGAAUAUUAUAAAAAACAGGCACGACGUGGAAGAUAUCUACGAUAAACUCAAAAUUAUUCAUUUUUCAGAUGAUGCUAAUACUAAGGAUUAUGACAACAUGCCAGCAGCAAGAGGACAAGUGGCUGGUCUCAAUGCAAAACUGACAAACAUAAAAUAAAAAGGUUUGCAGCCAGUGUUCAUGUUUUUACUUCCAAAGCAUAAAGAUUUGGGAUUUUAGCCAGCAAUACUUUUCAAUCUGCGUCAUUUAAUUAAAGCUUCAGAAGAUUAUGAUCACAGUAACACUUAGCGUGAAGAUACAAAAUGAUAAUCAACCAUAGGCCUGAACUAUAAGAGGUAUAAUUUAUUAGGAUACUGUUCCAUUAUAGAUAUCAUUGGCUUAUUCUACAACAUACUUCGCAGACAACAAAACAGCCACCCUGGGUAAUAAAUGAGCUUGCAGCGUUUUACCAGCUCACGUUCAAAUCAUCAGCCUGGUCGAAUAAGGAUUGACAUCAGCAGAAAAAACCAACAGAAAUAUUGUUAAUAUUUCUUUCUUCCACAAGACAACCAGUCUCUGGAAAUGGUGAUCUUAUCAAUUCAGAAUUUAAGAUUUGUAAACUCUGCAACUCCCAAGGAUAGACAUUGCACUGAAGUUUUAUUUUAAUUUCUUCACUGAACAGCUGUUAAUCGUGCUUCUUGCUGAUCACAUGGGUUUUUUAAAUGAUUAUUUUUUAGUGGCGAUCUUUGUCUUUUCAUUAUUCUGACUUUGUGAAACAUUCAUAAUGAAUAAAUACAUUGGUUGGAAGUA